GCAGUAGAAGCGUAUACUGAAUCUCUGCAUGUCCGCUCGCUGCCAGAAGACUAUAUACUCUUCAGCUUCCACUUUCGAAGCAUUUCUCAGCUGCCACGAGCGCUACUUCAUAUCGCACAAGAUGCAGAGGCAUCGAAAUUGGCUCUGCACAUGACCCGCGGCCGAUGGCAGCAGCAGUGGGGUCCCUUGCCGGAUGAAGGGCAUCAUAUUGGCAGCACGGGCAUGGAGGUGAUUGCCACGCUGCAGGAUGAGCAGCAAUGGAAACCGCUUGUUAAUGCGCUCAGUGGUCUUUUCUGUGCAUCUCUCAAUUAUAUGGACGAGACGCGCUCGACAAGGCCAAAGCUAGCCUUUCAAGAUCCUGCAGGCAUCGUCAUGCAUGGUCUACUACCCAGCGAGACUGUCUGCACAGAGAAUCUGACGCCCUUUCUCAAGCUACUUCCAUGCAAGAACAAGGCAGGCAUUGCAUCUCUCCUCUCAAGUAGACUCUUCAAUACAGACUUUUCCAGUCUUUUUGUUGAAAUGCAAGACGGCAUACUAGAGCAACGUAUCGAACUUGUCAUUGAUCGUCAGCGUAUCAUCAACAACAAAGGCCAGCUGGAAGUGCCUGGCAGUCUACCGGAGUAUCUACUCAGCUGCAUUGACAAGCCAUACAACAGCGACGUCACUUGUUUCCCUGCCGACUCGCGCGAGUCGCAGCCCUGGACUCUGUCGCAGCUCUUUGGCAAAUCCAUUGCAGGAACGUGUCCCGUUGCAACAGAAACUGAGCUUUUGGUUGACGGCGUGCCUCAUACAUUUUCUGACGGGUCUUAUGAUUUCAAUCACCACAAGCAAGUCGACGCAGCUCUCCCUCCAAUCCUUGCAAAGCGCAGCCUGACUUCACAAGGGUCGUCACUGCACGGGAAAAUCACGCUGCUACUCAACAAUACUGGCUCAAAGCCCGUGGAUGUCCUCUACUACUCAAUGUUGCCAUGGUUCUUACGGCCCUAUCUCCACACCUUGAUAAGUAGCAACGACAGCAUCAGCCAGACAUCCUUCACCAGCGCCAUCGACCGACAGAGACCAGCACGUCUAGAAAUAAUGCUGCAUGCACUGCCUGGUCUCACGAGCGUCAGCUUCAACAUCGAACGGACCGUCCUGCGCUAUGCCGAGUACCCACCUGACGCCAACCGUGGAUUCGAUAUUCCAGGUGCCUAUCUCCGCACAGGCACCUAUGAGCUGCGCACAACACCAGCAUUGCUGUCACUUCCAACACCAGACUUUUCAAUGCCAUAUAAUGUCAUCAUUUUGACCUGCACCGUCAUUGCUCUGUGUUUUGGCAGCGUCUUCAACCUCGUCUCGCGCAGAAUUGUC